AUGGCGCCGAGACCGUAUGAUGAUGAGGAGCUCUCCAUCUCCUUGUCUCCCUCUCAGAUCCGCCGCAACAAUCACAACAGCAAUCCCCAUGCUGGCAACCACCGCUCCAUGGAUGCCGCCAUGCACUCCUCGAUCCCCGCCCCGCUUCCCGAUAAGGUGCGAACCGAACAGCGCAUCGGCCAGUACAACAUCCUCAGGACCCUCGGCGAGGGCUCAUUCGGUAAGGUGAAGCUCGCCGUACACCGCAGCACAAACCAGCAGGUUGCCCUCAAGAUCAUCGCCCGGAAGAAGCUCAUCAGCCGAGACAUGGCCGGCCGGGUCGAGCGAGAGAUCGAAUAUCUCCAGCUCCUCCGGCACCCGCACAUCAUCAAGCUCUACACCGUCAUCAAAACUCCGGCCGAAAUCAUCAUGGUCCUCGAAUAUGCAGGAGGCGAGUUGUUCGACUACAUUGUGCAACAUGGAAGGAUGAAGGAGGCAGAGGCACGCCGCUUCUUCCAGCAGAUGCUUUGUGCUGUCGAGUACUGCCAUCGCCACAAGAUUGUACAUCGCGAUCUGAAGCCUGAGAACUUGCUAUUGGACGAAAAUCUGAACGUCAAGAUCGCCGACUUCGGCCUGAGCAAUAUUAUGACAGACGGCAACUUUCUCAAGACAAGUUGCGGUAGUCCCAAUUAUGCUGCCCCAGAGGUUAUUGGAGGCAAGUUGUACGCAGGGCCAGAAGUUGACGUGUGGAGUUGUGGCGUUAUCCUCUAUGUACUGCUGGUUGGCCGGCUGCCGUUCGACGAUGAACAUAUUCCCAGUCUAUUCGCAAAAAUCGCCCGGGGCACGUAUGUAGUGCCCACUUGGAUGAGCCCCGGAGCAGCUGGCCUCAUCAAGAAGAUGCUCGUGGUGAACCCGGUUCAGAGAGCAACGAUCAGUGAAAUUCGACAAGACCCGUGGUUUUUGACAGACCUUCCGGAUUACCUUCAACUGCCAGUGGAACCCUUUUUCAACACUGGCAUUGACCCAGAUAAGUCAAUCAAGAUGUCUGAUAUUGCACCGAACGCUUCGCCAAAGGUACAGGAGAAGCUUCAUAAUGAGGUUACUGAGAAGAUCUCAAAGACUAUGGGUUACGGUAGGAGAGACGUUCAGGAAGCUCUCGAAGCCGAGGAACCAUCUGCUAUCAAGGAUGCUUACAUGAUCGUUCGUGAGAACAAGAUGAUGCAAGGAAAUCAUGAAGACUAUGACAAGUACCAUGGAAGUGGAGACGGCGACAAUAACGACGACGAUGAUUAUGAUGGUGCCCCACUUCAACGCGAGAAAAGGCUCGACUCCUUCUCGAAAUACAAACUGCCAGCGGACCCAUGGCACAUACAAGUUCGCUGGACAACUGACAAGCUACGAAAAGGUUCCCAAAUCCAUUCAGCUGAUGAACUUGUCCCGGAUAAGCUGCACGUCAAGACGGACGAGAAUGACGUGUUCCAGGUCGUUGCUAUGCGCAUGGACAUCCAGAUCUAUGAGAUGGAGCAAGGAGUUUAUCUAGUGGAUUUCAAAUGCGAUGGCUACGAGACCUCAGGUGGUCAAGUUCUUGAGGAAAAGGAUGUCACAAGCCCUUUUCCCUUCCUCGACAUGGCGGCGAGGCUAAUCAUGCAGCUGGCGGAUGCCGAUUGA